CCAGGCUGCCAGCACCUUUCUCACUGAUAUCCCUGUGCCAGUGUCACCGAGCCUGGGUCAAUGCUGCCCAGCAAUGGGCUCAUCCUCAUGGCAGAGAGCUGGCAAAGGGAUGGUGCAGGGAGUCAGCCCGUGGGUCAGCCCUGAAGGGUGCAGAUACUCGCCAAGGAUACUCGCUUGGGAGCUUCACAGAAUGAGCAGGGACCAUGAACUGUGUGUGCUCCUUCCACAGCCCCUUUGUCUGCCUUAAGGGGAGAGGAGCUGUGAAUCCAGUUUUGCUUCUGCAAAACCAGCAUAAAAUCACAGCUGCCCUCAGCUGCCCACUGAGAUAAGGAAUUUAGGAUGCUUUAGGCAGCGUGGGUUCAGUCAUGAAGAUUUUGGUUGGGUUAUGUAAUAAAGAAUCAAUAUCAUAGCCCAGCUCCUUUGGGAGCUGCUUGAAGGCGAUGUGCCUGCUUCCUUCCAGCACGUCCUCCCUUCUAGCUGCCUUUGCGACGGCUUUCUGUGCUGACAAAGGAGGGGAGGAGGGAGGGACAGGAGAGUCUUUGCAUGAAAGCAGCCCGAGCUCCCACCGAGCACCCGGGGCUGGAGUGGGGAGAGGAAGAAACGGGCAGGAGCUGUAGGGCGGUGUUGCGGGUGGGAGGAGAAAGCCGGACCGGGAGCUUCUAUAUAUGAGGGGUGCGGUGGCGAGCCGAGUCCAGCCUGAAGCCAUGCGGGGCCGGGGGCUGCUCUGCGGCAUCGCCCUCUCGCUGCUGCUGCAGCCGCCGCGCAGCGCAGAGGCUGGUGGCACAGAGCCGCAGCCCGCCGUGCUGGUGCUGAGCUGGGACGCGCUGCGGAGCCCCGGCGGAGAGCAGCAUCCACUCCAAGCUGAAGUUCGGAUAGAGGCAGAAGGCCAGGAGCUCAUCUUGGACUUAAAGAAAAAUGGAGACCUGUUUGCACCAGGCUACACUGAAACUCACUACAGCCAGACAGGACAAGCACGGACCAUUCCUCUGGCCCACACUGAGCACUGCUUUUACCAGGGAGUGGUGCGGGGCAGAAAGCACUCCAGCGUGACGCUCAGUUCAUGCCAAGGGCUGCGAGGCCUCAUUGUACUGAGAAGCAAUUGCAGCUAUGUCCUGGAGCCACUUCCUGACAACCCAGACCUGCACCAGAUCUACAGGCUGGAUGAUCUGAGGAUGCCAGCAGGAGCCUGUGGCCACCAGGACUCCAUGGCCACAGCCAGGAAUUGGCUUGGGGACUUUGCAGCUGGGGUGAAAUUCCCCAACCACAGGGUGAGGCGGGAAGCUCUGCAGGCUAUGAAGUAUGUGGAGCUGCUGCUUGUGGCUGACUAUGCAGAGGUUCAGAAACAUCAUUUCAACAUUGAAGCAACAAGGCUUAAAUUAGUGGAGGCUGCUAAUUACGUGGAUAAGUUUUACAGGUCCCUGAAUAUCCGGAUUGCCUUGGUGGGGCUGGAGAUCUGGAGUAAUGGGAACAAAUGUGAUUGCACUGAGAAUCCUUACUCCACCCUGAAGUCCUUCCUGGCCUGGAGCAGCAAGGAGCGGGUGUACAGAAAGCAUGAUAAUGCCCAACUAAUCACGGGUGUGCCCUUCCAAGGUACCACAGUAGGUUUGGCUCCUGUGAUGUCCAUGUGCUCAGAUUUCCAGUCAGGAGGAGUAAACAUGGACCACUCUGAUAAUGCCAUUGGUGUUGCUGCUACUAUUGCCCAUGAGAUGGGCCACAAUUUUGGCAUGAAUCAUGACUCAUCUGGCUGCUGUACCACCCGUGCAGAGGAAGGAGGCUGCAUCAUGGCUUCUGCCACUGGGCACCCAUUCCCCAGAGUGUUCAACCAGUGCAACAGGAGAGAGCUGGAGAAGUAUCUGCACUCAGGUGGAGGGAUGUGCCUUUCCAACAUGCCAGAUACCAAGAGAAUGUAUGGAGGGAGGAAAUGUGGAAAUGGCUACUUGGAAGAAGGGGAGGAGUGUGACUGUGGAGAGGUGGAGGAAUGCAAUAAUCCCUGUUGCAACGCCAACAACUGCUCCCUGAAGCUGGGUGCUCAAUGUGCCCACGGCAGCUGCUGUCAUGAGUGCAAGCUGAUGUCUCCAGGAACUCUCUGCAGGGAAAAGUCAGGACUAUGUGACCUCCCAGAGUACUGCACUGGGCAGUCACCGUUCUGCCCCUCCAACUCCUACCAAAUUGAUGGGACUUCCUGUGAAGGAGGAAAGGCAUAUUGCUAUAAUGGCAUGUGUCUCACAUACAAAGACCAGUGCUUGCAGCUGUGGGGGCCAGGAGCAUGGCCAGCACCAGACACCUGCUUUGAGAAAGUCAAUGCUGCUGGAGAUGUCUACGGGAACUGUGGGAAGGACGUCUACGGCAACUACAGGAAGUGUGAGAAAAGAGAUGCUAAAUGUGGGAAGAUCCAGUGCCAGAGCUCUGCUUCCAAACCUGUGCUGCCCAAUGCCGUGCCCAUAGACACAACUAUCUCCCUGCAGAGGACGAAGGUGAGAUGCCGAGGGACUCAUGUGUACAGAUCUGAGAAUGAAGAAAAGGAGAUGCUGGACCCUGCCUUGGUGCUGACAGGAACAAAAUGUGGCAGCCAUCAUGUUUGCUUUGAGGGACGCUGUCAGAACACAUCCAUCAUCUUUGAGUCUGAAAGCUGUAGUGAGAAGUGCAAUGGCAAUGGGGUCUGCAACAACAACAAGAACUGUCACUGCAACCCGGGAUGGGCUCCCCCAUUUUGCAACAAGCGUGGGGACGGAGGAAGCUUGGACAGUGGCCCUCCAUCACCAGAAGGCUCUUCAGCAGUAGUGAUAGCUCUGGCCAUCCUAGCUUCCAUUCUUCUUCUCAUUGGAAUCGUGCUUUUGUUCUAUUAUCUGAAGUGCUGGAACAAAUUUGUCAUCUGUUCUCUAAAGAAGGCUCCACAGAUCAGCGAUGCCUCUGGAAAUGGCCAUGCAAACCCUGCCUUCAAAUUGAGAACCCCCCAACAGCAGAGGAAGGUGAUUGGUUUCCCUGAAAUCCCCUCAAAACCUCCUCCCCAACCAGCUCCUUGCCUCCAAAUUAACAUGCAGCAGCAGUCUGCCUUCACCAGCUACAGCUAUGGUACGGGAAGUCCUGCAGGACCGGUGCAUCCAGCACUGGCAAAGGAUGUGCUCCGGCGGACACCCCCAAGCAGGCCAGCACCUCCAGCUCCCAGAUCCCCCCCCUCUCAGGACAUUUCAAGGCCCCGGCCGCCCCAAAGAGCUUUGCCAGCCAACCCAGUCCCAAGCAGGUGCAGAGCACGGCCUGGGGACAGCCCUGCCAUCCCACUGCCUCCUGCUCGACCCAGGAUCCCAGGACAACUCCAGCCUGUGGCAGAGAACACUGGUGCUAGGACAGCUGGAGCAGUAAACAUGCUGAGAAGAGGACAGCCAGGCUCCAGUGCACACCCAUGAAUGUGAUGGCUCUGAUCUUCAAGAAGGACUGGAUGGCCUUCAUCAUCCAGAAAUUUUUUCAUUGGCCAUUAGGUUUUUUUCCACUUAGCCUUAUCUGUUUCCUAUGUGACUCAAGAGGCUGCAGGCAGACUUGGCAGGAGUGCACCCAAGAAGCGAGCCGGUACAUGCCAAGCUGAAACCUUCUCUCUGUGCUAAUAGCCUUUUCUUUAUAAGGACAAUUUGUUUAUGUGGUAUUUAUAUGUUAUUGUGCAAUAUUCAAUGCAGGGAUGGGGCAAUGUGGGCUUCAUGUAUUUUUUUAGCAGUUAUUUAAGUAUUUCCAGGGGGUGCAGGUGUUGGCCUUGAUGGCCUUUCAUCGAUUAACUAGCCCUAUUGGCUUCCUCAGCCAUCCAGGCAGCUGCAGGAGCAAUCAGUGGUGCUAUAGAGAAACAGCUAUCUCUUGGGAGACCAAGAGGCAGCUGCUGAUAAUUUUCUUCAGUUCAUUCAGUUUACAGCAGCCAGCAAGGUGGGCCACAACAGAGAGCAAACCAUGGAAAUAUUUCUGGUUAAAGUCACUCUGGAUUUUGGUCAACUUUCAUAGAAAAUAUGAAUUAUUUUCUCCGUAAAACUUUCUUCAUCAAGCAUUGUGCAACCUUUCAGUCCUCCAGCACUCCUUGCCUUGGUGCUGUAGGACCAACAUGAUCUGUGUGUUCUCUGUGUCACUGGGACACAGCUGAGGUACGACAGGGACUCUCUCCCCCAAGACAUGGAGCUGUAGUGGCCAGCAACAGCCAGUACUGAAACCUCCUCCCCACCACAUGGUACCACAGAAUAUCGAUUGCACUUUAUUGUGCAUCCCUUCAGUCUGUGCUGAGCAGUAAUUCAGCACAAGCUGACUACUCUUCAUACCAGUAAGAAACCUGCUCUCAUGUUGACCAGGUGGUAGUACAGCAGAAAUAGUGAUGACACAUGGUGCUUUUGUAGGACAGCUUUGCUUACUCCAGGUUUUUUUCUUAAGGACUUGGAUGGAGAGAGCUGUGUGCACUUUAAGCAGCUGAUUGAUAGUUCUGACCCUCAGAACCCUCCCUUGUGAGCUUGAUUUUUUUUUUUUUUUUCUCCUGGUGGUUUGAGUUUUUUUUACAUUUUUUUUUUCUUUUUCCUAAGGAUUUUAAAAUAAUACCUUUUUUAAUGCUAUUUUUUUAAAUUAUUCUUUCCCUUUAUUAUUUCCUCCUGGGAGAACACAGGGAAUUCUGGAGCUGUAUACAACAAUAACGCUGUGUUAUGUCUGAUAUUUUAUGGACAGCUCCUCAAACAGUGUAAUUGGUGCUGCAUGUGUAAAAAAAAUUGUAUUGUUGGUUUAAAGAAAAAUAUUUUUGUUCUGGUUGUGUUUCCCUAAGUACUACUAUUUAGGAAAAACAAAAACAAAGUCUAAACCUGAGCACUCAUUAUGCUACACACAGAAGUAUAGCUAUAGGAUGACUGAAACCACACCAGUUUUUGCAACUUUACUACCUCUUUCUUCACAAGGAAGAAGUAUACGGGGUCUGUCUUGAAUGACUGGUUAAUUAUCCAUUACCUUGAUCAUUUUAGACCUUUUCUUAUCUUCUGUAUGUCUGGAAAAAAAAACAAACAUAAAUUACUCCUCUCUGAAAUAAGGAAUGACGAGCAAAACGCUUUGCCUUUCUAAUGGUGAUAUAUGUAUAUUCUUUUUCUAUAGAUGGGGUAUUUUGCAUAUAAACAACCCUCCAAUUUUGUUAUUUUACUGCUCAUAGGCAGGGGCCUAGACAUCUAAUUUGCAGUAACCUGGGUACAAAUGGUGCUCACAGUAGUACAGGUUCAAACACAGGAACUCUUAUGUCUGCAUAAGAGCCUGUGAUCUUUAUUAAAUAACCACCAAAAAGAAUGUUUUCAGUGCAUUUCAUGUGAGCAUGGGUUCAAGCUUUUAAAAAAACGUCCCCAGACACAAAGCUAAUAGAAAUCCCAAUGGAACCCUUUGCUACUGGUAUCUCAUAAAUACAUUCUGGAGAUUUUCAGUCUUUCUAAAUUUUCACGUGUGCACCAGAUGAGUGCAUGAUAAUGGGAACUGCAGGAGGAGUAAAAGCUGCUAAAAUAUGGUAUUUUUUAAAAGGCAAUGUUACUUGGAAGAAUGCAUACAAAAAUACAUCUCACUUUCUUCUAUGUCCACAUACUAAAGGUUUACAGCAACAUUCUCUGUGCAUCUAUGCAAAUACUUGAAGAAUGCCACUCAUUGUGCCUUUUGCCUAG